AACGCACCUUCUGAUAAGUACUUGUUUCGUAAUCGCUAGAUUUUCAGGCACUGUGCGAGUCUAAAGUAGAUUUUCUUUCCAUCAAAGCUUAAAAUGUAUCAUCAACUUAGCCGUGCUACUGGAAGGCUGGUUGCCUCAACCCACUUGCAAAGUCCGCUUUUCCCCGUGGCACCAAUUGCUUUACAACGAGUGGAACCGCCAACCAUCCUGUACAACACUACUCACAUGUCGACUGUAGCAGACGCUUGCCCAGCACCUGGCAAGACUAGGCUGAUCCCCGGCACCAACACUCCCUACGCCCCAGUAUCGGAUAAGAUUCGUCAACUACAGAAGCAGUUCCAGAAAGAAGAUGACGUGCCCGUGUUCCUGAAGGGAGGCCCUCUCGAUGGUAUCCUGUACCGAUUGACCAUGGCUCUCUGCAUUGUGGGCCUUGUUGGUGUUGGCCACACCAUCUACACCCAUGCUGUACCCAAGAAGUAAAUACAUGAAUAAAUCAAUUUCUAAAUUAUGUAUUAGCUGCCUGUGUUAAGUGUGUCUCAGCACUGUGAUUAGAAAUAUAUACCAUGUAAAACAGUC